UGCGCUCGAGCCUCCGCGGUGUAUUGUUAUGAUGUUGAUGGUUCCAGCGCUGAUAGUUACUACUUCUUGGUGACAGAAAAGUCCAUCAUCAUGACUAGUUAGGCAGCAGUGGUUGAAAAUGCUGUUUCAGUGUUAAAAUAUGCUGACGCUUAAGUGAAUCCAGAAGCUAAAUAAUGAAGCGCCAAACACCAUCAUGCACACCACCAUAACUCUGGCAUUUGUUAUUGUGUUGCCGUUAUCAUUUUGUACUGGGUACCCAGAGCUCCUGUUCGCCAACCGCAAGGAUAUUCGCAUAAUAGAGGUGGGGAAUGAGAAGCAGUCACGGCAAGUAAUUGUAAAGGAUGUGACAGAUGCAGCGUCAGUUGAUUAUUAUUAUAAAGGACAGCUUGUAUGCUGGACCGACAUCGACAAUGAGCUUAUCAAAUGUGUGGAAAUCAAUAAAACAGGUGGUGGAGCUAAGGAUCAUAGAGAGGUGAUAAAGAUUACAAGAGGUAUCAUCUCUCCUGAUGGACUGGCCGUAGAUUGGCUUGGGGAGAAACUCUACUGGACCGAUUCAGAUACUAACAAAAUUGAAGUGGCUGAACUUUACAGCAAGCUACGUAGAGUUCUCUUUUGGGAAGAUCUGGAUCAGCCAAGAGCCAUAGCCUUAGUUCCUUCAGAGGGGUUGAUGUUUUGGACAGACUGGGGUGAAAAUCCAAAAAUCGAGAGGGCUGGAAUGAAUGGUGAUCCUACCACAAGAUGGGUUAUUGUUUCAAAAGAAAUAUACUGGCCAAAUGGGUUGACUGUUGAUUAUGGUCAACAGGUUAUUUAUUGGGCUGAUGCCAGGCUCUCUUACAUUGCCUCUGUAGACUUUGAAGGAAACAGCAGAACCCUGGUAGUGCAGGGAAAGUUACCACAUCCUUUUGCUCUAACUUAUUUUAAUCAUACACUUUAUUGGACUGAUUGGGAAACCAGAGCAAUCCACUAUUGCAAUGUUGGAGACAAGAGGCUUUGUGAGGAACAAAAGCAGUUGGGGACAAAUUUGUCUCCUAUGUAUAUACAUGUGUACGAUCAAGCUCGUCAGCCAUAUAAGAAAACACCCUGUCAAGAAAAGAACGGUGGUUGCAGUCAUCUUUGUUUAGCAGCUCCAGCACCUAAUGAGUUCACCUGUGCAUGUCCAACUGGAGUCAAGUUGAUUGACAAUUUUACCUGCUCUGAUGGUCCGGAAGAAAUGUUGAUAUUAGCUCGACGGACAGACCUACGUCGCAUUUCUUUAGAUACUCCGGAUCACACUGCUGUGGUAAUGCCAGUAUCAGGGGUGAAACAUGCCAUUGCAGUAGAUUAUGAUCCCAUUGAUGGUUUUGUUUACUGGACUGAUGAUGAGGCUCUUUGCAUUCAACGGGCAAAACUGGAUGGUUCCGAGCAACAAAUAGUAGUUUCCGCUGAAGUAUUUCACCCGGAUGGGGUAGCUGUGGAUUGGAUUGCCAGAAAUCUGUAUUGGACUGAUACUGGACCUGAUCGGAUUGAAGUAGCAAGGCUUAAUGGUACUUCUCGUAAGAUCAUCAUUGCUGAAAACUUAGAUGAACCCCGAGCUAUAACUGUUGAUCCUGAUGGUGGACUGAUGUUCUGGACUGACUGGGGUAAAAAGCCUAAGAUUGAAAGAGCUGCGUUAGAUGGUUCUCUUCGUAGGGUUAUAAUUGACUCUGGACUUGUGUGGCCCAAUGGUGUUGCCAUUGACUUUGCCCUAAGAAAGAUCUAUUGGUGUGAUGCCAAAACAGACAAAAUUGAAAUGGCAUCUUUAGAUGGCUCUGAGAGACGAGUGGUAGUGGGCGAUCAUCUGCCUCAUGUCUUUGGCUUUUCACUUUUGGGUGACUCUCUCUACUGGACUGACUGGCAGCGCCGUAGCAUUGAAAGGGUUAACAAAUUGACUGGUGGUCAGCGUGAAGUGAUAAUUGAGCAUCUUCCAGAUCUUAUGGGUUUAAAAGCUGUGAAUGUCAGUAAAAAGGAUGGUUCCAAUCCAUGUGGGAAGGAUAAUGGAGGAUGUUCACAUCUCUGUCUUAACAGACCCACCAACUAUACAUGUGGAUGUCCAAUAGGAUAUGAACUUACACAAGAUGAGAAACAAUGUGUGGUUCCAGAGGCAUUUCUCCUGUACACUCGCAAAGAAGAUAUUCGCCGCAUUUCUCUCCUGACAAGCCAUAAUGUUCCCAUUCCUGUAACAGGCAUUCAAGAAGCAAUGUCCAUAGAUUUUGAUAGCAUUGACAAUCGACUGUAUUGGACUGACAUAAGUGUGAAGUCCAUAUCCCGGGCCUUCAUGAAUGGGUCCCAGCUAGAACCGGUGAUUGAGUUCGGUCUUGAGUAUCCUGAAGGAAUGGCUGUAGACUGGCUCGCUCGCAACAUUUAUUGGACUGACAUGGGAAACAACAGAAUAGAAGUGGCUCGUUUGGAUGGUACCUCUCGACGGGUGCUUCUUUGGCAGAAUAUUGCAAGCCCUCGUUCUAUAGCUCUUGAUCCUGGACAAGGUUUUAUGUACUGGUCAGAGUGGGGCGAGGAACCAAGAAUAUCAAGAGCCCAUCUGGAUGCAUCACAGCCUUUAACUAUUGUUACUGACAUGGGACGUGCCAAUGGACUUACCAUUGACUUCAAGGAUAGCAGACUCUUUUGGACGGACAUUGAUAAAAUGUUGAUUGAGAGCAGUGACUUAGAUGGUCACAAUAGACAGGUUAUUGUAAGUAAUCUACCUCAGCCAUAUGGUUUGACUCUAUAUGAAGAUUAUGUAUACUGGGCUGACUGGAAGACAGGCACCAUUGAGAGGGCUAUCAAAUCCAAUGGAGAAAACAAAACCAGAAUACAGGGGCAGUUACAUUAUAUUAUGGACAUCCUUAUAUAUCAUUCAUCACGCCAAUCUGGGAAGAAUCCAUGUAUUAUAAACAAUGGGGGCUGCUCUCAUCUUUGUUUGGCAGUCCCAUCAUCUACUGGUUCACAGAAUCACACUUGCUCUUGUCCUACACACUACAAGCUUGAAAGUGAUGGAAAGACUUGUACAGCACCAAGAUCAUUUCUGUUAUUCAGUCAAAAGACAGUUGUAAGUAGGCUGGUUGAAGAUCUUAGUGAGGCUCCAACUCUCAUCCUUCCCAUUCAUAAUAUGCGUAACGUAAGGGCCAUUGACUAUGACCCAGUUGACGAAUUUGUUUACUGGAUUGAUGGACGGGGAAAUACUCUUCGUCGAGCUCAUCACAAUGGAAGUCAUUUGCAAACUUUCGUCAAUAACCCCAUGGAAAAAAUCUAUCCAUACAGCAUAGCUGUUGAACCUUUCACUAGGGUUCUUAUCUGGUCAUGUGCUAUUAAUAAUGUGAUCAAUAUUACCAGACUCGACGGAACUCAGGUUGGUGGAAUCAUUGGGCAUGAGGAAGAAAAUCAGCCCCGCCAUCUAGCUGUUCAUCCAGUGAAGGGAAUCUUGUUUUUUGUGAACAUGGUAUCCCCUCCAGUAAUAGAACAAGCAGAUUUAGAUGGCCUUCACAGACGAAAGAUCAUUACUGAAGGUCUUCAGACGCCUUCUGCUCUUGCUCUUGAUGUUAGUGAAGAUUUGCUUUUUUGGGCAGACACAGGAACCAAGGUGAUAGAAACCUCAACCAUUGAUGGCGAAGACAGGAAGAUAUUUGUUGAUCAGCAUAUUGGACAGCCUGUGGGAUUAGCUGUCCAUGGGAACUAUCUGUACUGGGUGGAUAAGGAAUUAUCUUCAGUAGAAAGAGUAAAUAAAUAUUCUGGGCAAGAAAGAGAAAAGGUUCAAGGAAGAAUCUCUCAUCUCUCAGACAUCAUUGCAGUAACACCAAAUUUAUUGCAGAGAAUGCGAGUACAUCCUUGCCACAAUGGAAGUGAAUGUAGCCACUUGUGCCUUGAAAGGGACCAACAUCAGCAGUGUGCAUGCCCAGAAGGAAAGUCUUUAGCAGAUGACUUAAAGACUUGUAUCAACCCACCCAGUUGUCAGCCCAAGGAAUUCAGAUGUCACUCGGGUUCUGUUGAUUGCAUUCCACUGAAGUGGAGGUGUGAUGGCCAGUCAGAAUGUGAAGAUAAAAGUGAUGAAUGGAAAUGUGGUCACGAAAUGUGCCUCCCUUCACAAUUCCGUUGUUCCAGUGGUCAGUGCAUAGAUAAACCUAUGAUAUGUGAUGGUAAAAGACAGUGUGAUGAUGGGAGUGAUGAAGUUGGCUGUUGUGAAAGAGGAGAGGUUUUGUGCAUGUCAACUGGUCGUUGUGUUGAGACAGCUAUCUACUGUGCCAGAGGCGGUUUAUGCCCUGAUCAUCCCAAUGAUGCAACUUGUUCCACACUUGUUACUCCAACACCAGAUGAUCCAGGUAGCAAAGCUCCAUACAUAGUGGGUGUGGUUGCCUCAGUUGUUGUUUUGAUAUGUGUAGCUGCAUUAGUAGUGUAUUAUCGGCGUAGACCAUCGCUCCUUGAUGAUCACGAGUUGGAGACUCAGCCAAAACCGUCAUCACAGCAGCCCAGACAGUAUCAGUUGGUGGUUACUCAGUGGGGAAAGGCAUAUUCACCUGUACAAGGAGAAGCUCCACAUGGGGCAGAACCACCUCAUUCAUCCUCAAUGGCUAUAGUAGGUCAGCCAGGUGCUCAUCCUGGCAUUUGUGUAGGAAUAAUUAACUCUGGUGCAGGGGGUCGCAGGAUCUUUGAUCCUACUCCUGUUACUGGGGCAUCAUCAUCGUCCUCCUCAAUGACACAUUACCCAAGAGAAACUUUGAAUCCCCCUCCUACUCCUGUUGCAGAAAACAUUGGCUGGUGCCUGGAACCUCAUUGCUGUUGUAAUUCUCAUCAUGCAACCCCCUCCACUCUUCACUCCUAUCGUCAUUACAAAACACGAAAUAGGCCACCUCCACCCACGCCAUGUUCCACUGAUGUGUGUGACUCAGAUGUAUAUUCUUCAGCUGUUAGUCCCCGAGGAGCCCAUUGUUAUACUCCGGGUUCCACAACUUAUUAUUCCUCACCACCUAUGACAGAUUAUGAUUCCGAUCCUCAUCCCCCUCCACCCACACCCCAGAUGCCGUACAUGUGUGACCUGACAUCAUGCCCUCCAUCCCCCUCCACUGAACGCUCUUAUUGCACACGUGCACCGUGCCCUCCGCCCCCAUCUCCCAUAGCCUCUGACUAAUAUUAGUCAAUUCUUUAUAGUAUUUUUUAUUGUAAAUAAAUAUGUAGAAACUUGCUUUACAGUUUAUAUAUUGUUAUAUCACAUGUUGGAUGUCCAUUGAUUUUUUGCAGUUGUUACCUUCAUUCAGUGGGUGUUAUUUGAUUUCAUGAAAACCCUCUGUUUGAUUGACUGAGUCAGGGAGCAUAAACUGUCAUUUUUUGUCAUUAAUUUGAUAAGUACAUAAGAGUACAAACACGUACAGUAUAUUUAGGUGAUUUACUGUUACUUGCCUUGAAAAUGUGAUACUCUGCAGGGCUAGUUUCAUUUCAGGUGCAAGCUGUCAUAUGACAAGCUCAGAAAAAAAAAUUUGAAGUUGUAGGGAAUUUUUUUGAGGGAUGGAAUACUUAGUCAUAUAAUUUUGGGAAAUUAGCCUAAACAGUUUACAGUUGGUCAGUAGAAAGAAUUUUGAAGCUGUAAGUUUGACCUCCCCAUAGAAUUCCUUUCUUCAGUCCUUACGGUCCUCUUGCUGAACUGUGGUCAUUCUAUGAAGUCUUGUUUGGGCCUCAGCUCCUGUUUCAUUUGGCUUCAUUGGACAGUCUUGGUCUGUGAGACAAAAGAGAACAUGGUCUGUCUUAGAGUGAGAUGCCUUGACCAAUAACAAAAGUAAAUCAAUAUGGGAUGUCCAUGGUCCAGUGACAUUUUCUGUAAACCUUUUGCUCAUGUUAUGACUUAUAAGAGCACCACAAGUGUCUUAAAUUUUUUGUAAGAGGUGUAAUGUAUGUGAAUGAAUAUGCAUUUACGUAUACCAGAUGUGUCUGCUUUCAUACGGUAUAGAUUAUCAGGUGACAAUUUACAUUGGUCAUCAUCAGUACACAUUUACGCAGAAGCACACAUUCACAUAAAUCAUGUGCAAUGAACUUUUUUUUUAUUCCCAUUAUACAUUACCACCUGAAUUCAAUCUCCUAGGAUCUCAUUAGUGUCUUUUGACAUGUGCAUCAUGUAUUAUUAACAUGUCAUAUAAAUAUUGUAAUUUUUUUUUAUUGAUUAGUUCAGAACAGUUUCAUUGCAAUUGGAUUUUAUCUUUAGGUAUUCAAGCAAAAAGGUAAGUUGAAUUAUUUGAGACAAAAUGUCACCCUAGGAAAUUGUUUUACAAAGCCCAUUAGAAUGUAUUAGUAUGUAAAUAUUACCUUUCCAAUAGCUUUUAAAGGUUUUUAUAUAUGUAAGAAAUGGGCAUUGUACCCUAGUCAAAAAGAAAUAAAAAAUUUUCAAAAUGGCCUCAGUUGUAAUUUAAGGCAAUUACAGAUAUUAAUUUACCAGUCAGUAAUGUUUUCUAUAGUUCAUAAUGGUUGGUCUAAUCCUAUUUUUGUAUAACUUUAUGCUGUUAGUUAUGUGUUUUAUAUAUUUUGCAGGGUUUAGAUGGCUUGUGCACAAUGUUUAUGUCUUGUCUGAAUGAAGAGUAUUAAUUGCAAGGUGACUGCUGAAAAAUAGGUCAAUAAAUGAAUUUUCAUUUAUUAAUUAAAUGGCCAAUGUCAUAAAUUUAUAUAGGACUCAAUGUAUAUUUUAUGCCAGAAAUAUAUCAGAAACUCAUUUUUAAUGAUAGGGCAGUUUUCAAAGCAUUCAGAAUACAUUAUAAAUAUUUCUUGUAGCCAGUCCUUUACAUAUCAGUAGAGUAUAUGUAAAUUACACUUCUGAGCUAAAUUGUUUAUUAUUUCCAUCUCCAAACUAUGGGAUGUCAGUUUGAAAUUUUAUUUCUUGAAUUUCAAUGGUUUUACUUCCCUGUAACCUUUUUGUUAUUCACUAUUUGGUAUUCCUAUGUUUGAUGACUCCUGAAAAUUUACCUCAACUUGUUUACUGUACUUAUUUUGCUGUUGUGUGAAGUUUUUCAUGUAGGUACUAUAGGGAAUUAUUAUUAUUUUUUUUUAUAGCAGUGCUUGUUCAUAUGAAAAACCUGGGUGAAAUUCUUUCUGUAGCCUGGGUUACUACGUAGUACAUAUAAAGGAAAUCAUGAAUGCUUAGAAUCACAUUUCUGAUACACUACUGCCAGUCUUGCUUCCAUUAAAUAAAAUUUUGAAUUUAUUUUAACAUUUAGGACUGUUGCAUUAAGGAAUAAGUUCAUGAAAAAGUUAAAGCAAGUUUUUCCCUUUUCAAAUAUUUGCUUGUGUGCACCUUCAAGUAAUCACUUGGUCUUAGGCCGUCAGCCUUCAAGUAACAAAACUUACCCAUGAAGAGUUUACUUGGGCCCCCAUUAUCUACCUCCAUAAAGGUUAUUUCAUGUUUUCCCUUUCUAAUCUAUCACAUUUUACAGUUUAUUGGUGUGCUAUAAUUAUUCAUUACUUAAAGCUCCAUAGAAGGUCCUUUUUGUAUUGCACAACACAUUUAAAUGAGACUUUCAAGAAUUGACUUUGAAAUACAGUGAAGGGGCAGAGAUGACAUUAUAGUUAGUUUUAAACUGCGUUGUAUGAAUAUCAAUUUGACUUUUGUAUGCAGAUGCAUAUUUAAAUACCCGUAAUUGUUUUGUAUACAUGGAUAGAGGAGGCGUUGAAUAUACACAUUAUAGCUAAUUUUAUUCAGAUAAUUUUCAGUCAUGUUAUUGUUGAAAAUAAUUUUGAAGUGAUUUUAGUCAGACCCAAUGAGUUAAUUAGUUUUUAGAAGGCUUAAUUACUGUUAUUUUUUAGUAGGGUUGUCAUUGAAUUUAUAAGGGAUACCAUUAUUUAGUACAUCAUUUCAAAAAUAGAACUUUUAAUUAUAUGUUUAUUUUUAUAUAGAUUUGAGGUAAAUUUUCAGAACAAAAGGGGAUUUAGCUCUUGGUCACAACACAGUGUUAUGUUUUAAGAUGUUAAUAAAAUGCCUCUUCCCAAAUUUAAUUGAAUCACUCGGAUUUCUUAGUAAAUGCUGCAAAUGUUCUUUACAUAAUCACUAUACUUAUUAGUUUAUAUAACCACAGGAUUUUCAAUACAAGUUCACCCAAACUUAGUCAGUUUGUAGAGUAUUAUCCUUUAUAUUGAAAACUUUUUUAUCUCUCCACACUUUAGAAUUUGAAAUAUAAAUUUUUCUUUAUACAGUAUUACCAUAUUGCAUGAGUGAAGCAAGAGAUCCUUGGGACUUUUCUUAUGUGUUGUCCUUUGUGAAGCUCUAGAAAAUCCCUCUUGUCUUUAGUAUAUGUCUGUGUGUAAGAGUGUGUGCAUGUCAACUAUUUGGUACUGGAACAUGAAACCAUGAUCGUCAAACUCAACUUUAUUGCUUUUCUCUGUACUAUACACAAUUUUAAUGUUUUUCUCUCCGUAGAUGACAUUUUUAAUGCAUAAAUUUGUCAGUAGUUCAACUCUUCAUAAUUCUUACUUUCAACAUCCAUCCAUCCAUCAUGUGUAAUUAGGGCUGUUAAGAAUAUACUUUUCAUAAUAACUUUGGAUCUCAUCAACAUUCCUGGUUGCAAAGUCCUCCUUUGAUUUAAAGUUUAUUGCUUCCAAAGACAAUUUCUAUUUUACUUCCUCUGCCGCUUUAGGCUUUUAAUGGUAAUGAAAUGAAACUUGCAAAAAAUGGGAUUUUCACAUUAUGCCAUUUAUGCAUUAGAGAAACACAUUUAUAUUACUUUGUAUUUAGUUUGCCUUGCUGUGUUUAAAGUAAUAUUUUUGGAUAUGGAUUGCUUAUGAUUUUUGUAAUCAUUGUACUUGAGCAUAUUCUUUUAUGGGCAGUGUUGUAAGAGAGUAAAUAAAAUUGAUGCUUCAGACAACAGUAGUAGUUAUAUGAAGUACAUGUCAAAAUUUCAAUUUAACUUUAAAAUUCAAAGCCUGUGAAGUUGUCAAAUUAAUCAAAGUCCAUGAAGUCAACAAAUGCAUCCUUUUUACAAAAUUAGAAGUGAAAAGGGAUAAUAACUGCUUCCGAGCUUGGACUAAGUAACAUUAAAAGUUUAUGCAGGUAUGUAUGCUAAUCCUUCUUCAUCCUCCCCUUCAUUUUUUACUAUAAUCCUUCAUGCCUUUGUGAAUAAAAAUAUGAUUGAGAGAAGUACGUACUGUAAAAUUAUUUUCAUAGGUUUCCUUUACUGUAUCAGUACUGUAUAUGUUUGGACAGUAUAUUGUUAUAUAUUUGUAGUCUCUCUCUCUCUCUCUCUCUCUCUCUCUCUCUCUCUCUCUCUCUCUCUCUCUCUCUCUCUCUCUCUCUCUUCCUGUGUGCUGCAUGGACUGUUUUUCUUUUGUGAGAUUGAAGGCUCCUUUGUCCUAAAGGUUUUUGUCUGCAUGGUAAAGAAACUAGAUAUCAUGUGGUGAGGCAAUUACUCUAACUUUUAAACAAAUUUUAUUGUGGCCCCUUUAAUGACCAAAUAAUCUUUAAGCAUUUCACUUGUGUUGUGAUUUUCUGACUAUUGUGUAGAUUUAGGUCAAUAUUUUUACCUUGCAGCUAUCAUACUCUAAUGCCACUUAAAUGAAGUUACUGGUAUUUUAUAUAUAAGGCAAGGUUGAGAUGUGAGGAUAUAUACGUUAAUACUGUACUAAAUUUGUCAUCCAUUUAGUUGGAAUGAUCUUUUCAUAACUUUGGAAGAUUGGUCAUUUUAAUGAACUGAUAGGUUUUCCAUGAGAUACCAUGAUGGGAGAUGCCUUAUUUUGUAGUCAUGCCUUAUUUUAUAGGGUCAUGGAAAAUUCUAUGCAUUUUUAUACAGUUGUAAUGUGCCAUAAUAUUUAAUUUAUGUAUGCUAUUAUUCUUUUGCAUGUUGAUUAUAGAAAUUUUAUGCAUUCACUAUUGUUAAGAGGUCUUGGCUUAAAAGUGGCAUGUGAAGUACUGUAUAUAUGUAUGUCUGGAAAGAAAAAGUGAAGUAAUAACUCAGGAAUUAACUCAACUACAAGGAUUAAGAAGUGUUGCAGACUUCAAAAUAAAGGAAAGACCUUGAGGUGAACCACAUUACUAACCCAUUCGUCUAAUUGGGUUUGACCGCAAAAUUUAAUAGCCAAGAUGGUGGUAGUUGUAUAUUGCCAUAGAAUACUAAGUCCUUUGUAAAUUACAAAAUGAAAUCUGCAGAACACAUGAGACAAUCACUUGAGGCCUUUGUUGGAUUGUGAUUUGGCAACUUAUGCAAAGAAGAAAAAUUAUUUUACCUUUGUAUCUUAUUGAUGAUAUAUCCUGACUUGCCUGCUGUGCUGUACUACUUAUCAUGUCAUUGCUCAGGCAGAGAAAUUAGUUUCGUAAAACGUUUUUGUAAAAUACACUUUUUAUCCAAAAAAGUAUUCAUGUAGAAUAGGUGAUCAUUGUAUAGGAAGUAGAAUCUUGAGUACUUGAGGUCACUGAUAUGAUGAGUAAGAGUUGCAGUGUAAAUGUGAUUCAUCUCCUCAAUAUUUUAUUGUAGUUUUUGAUUUUUGCUCUUGUUACGUGACAAAGACAAAUAGUAUGGAUUAAGCAGCUCCAAGGUUAGGUCAUCAAUUUUCAUGAGUGAGUGUGGGCAUUAAUGAUAACAUGUAUGAGAAUAAUCCAGAGCUACCUCAAUGCCUCAUAUAUGCUGUCACAGAAUUGUCUUACAUUUGUAAAGAGCUGCUUGCUUCAUGCAUCAUGUAUUUUUGUGUUACUGACCAUAGACAUCUAUGGUUAUGUAGUAUAUGAUAGGCCAAAGGAAUAAACUAUUAUCAGUAA